AUGGCAACAGUUGCCCCAUCCGAGCUAGUAGAAGAUGUCUGCACUGAGACUGAGAAAUUGAUGAUGGCUUACGGUGAAAGAUCAGGGUAUGUCGCAAAAUAUGAUGAAUGCGUCAAUGCUCUUCAAAUGGAUCCUAGAACUGCCACAGCAAACAUCACCACUCUUGCCGAAAUUAGUGUCCAGCUGGCGAUUUCCUGUGCGAAAAAUGCCAAGGCUUUGAUAGAAAACCUUCUCGGGAAUACAACACCUGCUUCAAGAGAGCCCCUUCAGAAUUGUCUGUCCUCGUACGUGAAUAUCACUGGCCAUUUCGAAAAUGCACUCUCGGGGCUAAGUGCAGGUCUGCAAUCUUCCAACUUCGACAUCGCGGAGGUUUUGGACCUUGUCAAGAUAUGUGAACUUGAAUUGACAAGGAACCAGACUCAUAUUCUGCAGCUUACGAACAGAAACCACUACACCCGCAUGUUUGUUGAAAUCUCAGAAUUUCUCAUAACCCGGCUUGAAUUAUAUCACAUAGGCAACGGCUUCACACAGACGAGGACUCAUGGUUAA